AUGUUGUUUCUCUUACAGAAAGUACUGAGGAUGAGUUUGAAAUAUCCUUUGUUUGUCACCGGCCUGAUGAUCUGGACAUACUACAGGAAGAGACUGAAUUCAGCAAGAAAGAGCUGCAGUUCCUCUACAGGGCCUUCAAAAAUGAAUGUCCCAGUGGAGUGGUGACUGAAGAUGUGUUUAAGAUCAUUUACUCUCAAUUCUUCCCACAGGGAGAUUCAAGAACUUAUGCACAUUACCUAUUUGAGGCAUUUGAUACUAACAGGAAUGGCUGUUUGAGUUUUAAGGAGUUUGUUGCUGGUCUGUCACUCAUCCUUAGAGGCUCAAUAUAUGACCGGCUAAAUUGGGUAUUUAAUUUCUAUGAUCUUGAUAAGGAUGGAUUCAUCACAAGAGAGGAGAUGAUGAAGAUCAUGAAGUCGAUUUAUGAUUUGAUGGGGAAGUAUGUGUAUCCCUCCAUGCAUGAUGAUAUUCCCAGAGAACAUGUGGAAAAAUUCUUUCAG